AUGGACGCAAAGCCCACUUCUCCUCUCGGAUUAGUGCGGCAGCGGCAAAACGCAAAAUUGUCGCCUUCUUUUGCACCGAGGGCACCCGCGUGUGUAAAAAGGCGGUCCUCUGCUCAGCGGCGUGCCUUCUCACCUCCGCCCGAGGCGGAUGGAAAGGGUCUGAGCAGACAGGGAUCAGACGGAGGGAUGCCGGCCUCCAUCAAACGCCGAGAAUUGGGUAAGAAAAAAACGAUGUCGAAUGCUCCACGGGUGGCGAAUUCAUUCUUACAUGAGAAUAAAAUUAAAGACGAUACGACCGAGCGGAAGAUGUUAUCGGGCGAUGGCGGGGUAUUACAACCAUCCUUGACAAAAUUGAGGCAACAGAGCGCAGGUGACAAAGUGGCGGGUGCCAUUGCUUGCAAUUCGGCCAACUUACGCUGUGGAAUGCGAGAGCUUCGAAUUGCCCGUCAUGGUCCCAUUAAAGGCGUCGUGUGUGAGCAAUUGGCACCCGCUUCUUGCGAGGCCGUCACUUCGACGGCAGAAACUGCGGCAUUCUGCUCCAAGAAGCAAGCGGAGUUUGAGAAAGCUAUUGAUACUCUGAACAGUAUGAUGGAGAUUGAUGCAAAAAAUAUUGACCCCAGAGCGUGGGUGACGCGUUUCACGGAGGGAAAGGCCGAGGCACAUUUAAGCAAGGAACACUUGCUACCUGUUUGGAUUAUUGUCCAUAUGGACUUUGUCAUGGCCAUUGAUAUGAAUGGUACGGCGCAGCAUUGUAAUUAUGGCAGUUUUUCUGCCUCUCAGGUUACCAGUUUUCCCCCUUGUGGCUGCAUUGUUUUUCCAUUACGGGACGCGCUGAGAGAGGGUGAGGUACGAUUACCAGAGAACGUCUCGGAAGUUGAGGCAAUGAUGAUGCCGGCGACAAGUGAGAUCCGAUGGGGUGUUCCAGUCGGAGUGCUGUUUAUGAACCCACAAGAGCGCAUUUCUGUCGUGCGCAAUAUUUGCCAACUGUUUCUUCCCCUGUUUUUCCGGGAGGCAUAUCCACAGGGGGUGCCUCUGAGAGGUGUUUGGAUACCCGCGGUGUUGGACACAACCUCCACAAAGCCAUGCGCAAUAAAUAUUCCAGGAAAUGUGCGGGAGUGUGUUUUGUCGUGUAUGAGAGAUCUUGGUGUUUCAAACGGGAAUACCUUCACGGGGGACGGUAGUCGUCUUGGGGGAACGCAGCGGAGUUGCGAAUUUCAGCAGCGUGAGUCCGCUCCACCGAACGUGGCGGUUGCGACGUCGUUGACAACACGUCGUGGCAGUGAAUUGACGCCAGAAGAAGAGAGGUUACGAGGAUCCUCUCAGAGUACAAACUGCGACCUUACCUCCCCGUGGGGAAUUCGAGGGAAUCAACCGAUAUUUACUGCCCGACUCCUUACUUCCAGUGCCAUCGUGUCUUCGACGGAGUGUCGCACCCCGUGCCAUGCCGUGUUGGUGUUUACUCCACGGGGGCUGCUAGAGCUUGUUGCUGAGUCACCGUCUGCAGCAGUCACCGUAAACGAUGUCAAGGUGAGCCUACUUCGCUCCGGUCUGGGACGUUCGUUGCGUUUGCAGAGGGAUGCAGUCCGUUUUUUGUACGCGCCAAGUCUUCCUGUAAUCGAAGAUGACGCGUGGAUCAACGCACGUUAUGUCGUGAUGCGUUUGCAGACGCGAUAA